CUUAUAAUAGGUUAACAAGCAAGCGUUGCAACAGUUAUCAGUCAACAGGAGCUAACCAAUGGGAUGUUUAGAAUCCACAUACAUCUAGAUCUAUACCAAUCGGGGACACUAAUUUCGUAACUCCACGUUACUUGGGUACCUAAGUACUUGAGUCUGCAUUUGAAUACAGGGUGUACGGCGCUCUCCGAUCGAGGGGAUUGCCGUUCCAGUCUUAGGUACCUACCUAUAAGCCGAUGCUUUCCCUCGAGAGAAGCUGGUAAAAUACAUUCAUAUAGAGGCCCCUUUCUAGGUGUCAGCUCGUUUCUGGACGACAUCCUCAAAGUCCUAUCGCUUCUUUUGAUCAUACACGCUGAUUUACGAUGGCUACAGCACAGCCCAUCGUCGUGUCGUUAGCGGAUCUCAGAAGUGGGAACAUCUCUUUCGAGACACUGCAGGAUGCCUUCGGCCCAGAUUCCUUAGGUAUUCUCGUAGUCAAAGAUGUGCCUGGCGAGUUCCCGCAGUUGAGACACCAGCUCCUAUCCUAUGCAUCGUACAUGGGUAACUUGUCAGAGGCGGACUUUGAUAAGUUCACCAAUGAAGAGGCCAAGUACCUAGUAGGAUGGUCAAAGGGCAGGGAGAAGCUCAAGGACGGGGGUGCCGACGAAUAUAAAGGAUCCUUCUACGCCAACUGCGCAUUCUACGUAGACCCAUCCCUGGAGGCCGCGAAGCCGACGGCAAAAUUCCCCCUCGAGAAGUUCCCAGAGUACUUGGCACCGAACUCGUGGCCGCCGAGAGAGAUGUUGCCAGGCUUCCGGCCGACUAUGGAGCGCAUGUGUACGCUCAUCAUCGACACGGCGGUACUGGUAGCGCGAGCGUGCGACAGGUUCGCGGAGAAGGAAAUCUCGGGUUACCCUCCGGGCUACCUAGAAGGCGUGGUCAAGUCCUCAUCGACAACGAAAGCUAGGCUCCUCCACUAUUAUCCGAUGCCGGAGGAGGUGAUAGCAAAGAGUCUAGAGGGAGAGGACAACUGGUGCGCCGUACACAAGGACCACGGGUGCUUGACCGGCUUAACGUCAGCCAUGUUCAUCGACGAGCUCGGAACGGAUGUCAAGGUACCCAAUUUUGGAGAGAAGACUCCCCAGUUCCUGCCGACGUUGGAGGAACUCCCCAAAUCUCCGGAUGCUCAGGCCGGACUCUGGAUUAACGACAGGAAGGGAGUGGCGGUCCAGGUGAAGAUCCCCCGAGACUGUAUCGCGUUCCAGACGGGUGAGACGCUGGAGAGGAUCACGGGAGGAAAAUUCAAGGCGGUGGAGCACUCGGUCAGGGGAGCGUACGCGAAAGGUGUAGCCCGCAAUACGCUAGCGGUCUUUACGCAGCCAAACCUAGAGGACGAGGUGGACCUAGACCAGCAUAUUUCGUUCGGCGAGUUUGCUCGGGGCAUCAUAGCGAAGAAUACAGUCUAGCGACCUUGGGAGGAGUCCUAGAUUCAUCGAUCGUCGACCCUUGCUUGCCGCUUCAUACAAACCUAUAUAGCCUAUAGGUGCCUAACCUUUACGAAGUCCCUGCAUAUAUAUACCCGCGUAAGCCGGCAGACUUAUGCAUUUAUAUGACGGAUAUACUCGGGUAGGUAUAUGCAUACCUACU